GAAAAUGCCUUGUAAAACAUGAACAUAUUACAAAUCUAAUUUCGAUAAGAUAUAAAAGCUUUCACAUCACAUUGAACAAAUACAAGAAAUAUCAUAUUUUCUAUACACAGACUAUUUUGGUUGUAGUGAGGAAAUAGGAUUCUUUCCGAGUUGAAUUGAGCCUGGUGUUCAGAAAAUUAGAUUGGUGCGAAGAAUUUUUCAACGAAUAUCCUAUAAAUGCAAUAAUUAUUCCAAGCAUUCCUUGGCUUUUGACGAGAUUAUUGUGAAUAACAUGAAGAUUCUCACAGUUUUGUUGUUAUUGUUUUGCCAUGUUUGGUGCAAACCUCCUACGUGUGAACAAAUUCAUAUAGAUAAUAAUGAGUUGACUGGACAAUGCUGUCUUUUUAUCAAAGGAGGCGUAUAUGACAAACAAAGAUCAAUACAAGAUUUUGUGAAUAGUUUAGAUUCGUUUAGUACCAAAACGAAGAACGUCGAAAAAAUAAUAUAUCCAGACGAUGACGUUAGACAAUGGAAACCUAACAAAAACAAUAGAAAUAUGAAAAUUAUACCACCUGUUGAUUCAGCUACCACUCAAAAACCAAUGCAUAGCGAAGAAAACAAUAAUAAAAAUGUUAGUUUAGCAAGAAGAGUUAAUGUAGAUGUUCCAGUCACUUGCACUCAAGGAAAGAGAAAAGAUGCCGAUGGAGAAUGUGUAACGGAAUUUCAAUAAUUAAAUACGACUGCUUCUAAUUGUUAAUAAUUAUAUAUACAAUAAAAUAUCUUUUAUUUAUUUCA